AUGGAGCCUCCAACCCCCCCAGAGAAACCCUUCCCCUUCCUCCGACUCCCGCUCGAGCUCCGCCAGCACAUCUACUCCUUCGUCCUCCCCGCAUCACUUCCACACGUGCCCAAAGCUCUAAACGGAGUGAUCUGGCGGCGAGGCCAUACAGCGCUGCUCCUCACAAACCGCCAGAUCAGCGAAGAGUGCCUGGACGUGAUAUACGGCAGCAACGUCUUCAUGGUCGACAUCGCCUAUGGUGGCAUGACGCUGCGGUACCGAUGGCAACUGGAAUCCGGCUUGGCUGUUGCGCCUAGCCGGGCGUAUUCCUCGCUUGAGCGGUUUGCGAGGGCGAAUGUCAGGAGGAUCAGAAGGUGGAUCGUCAACGUGGAGCAUGUGGAUAGCUAUCUCGGCAUGAUCAAGUACAACUGUGCUGGAAGAGGGCUUACGGACGGACUGCGCAUGCAGGUGGGGAUAUUCGUUUCUAUCAUAGCUCUCUCUACAAACAUUGUCGACCUCCGGAUACAGUACAUUGACGGGAAUGAGGGGCGGUCGGUGGCCGAAACCGUGUUGGAGCCCUUUUGUGGGAUUUGGGUAGUGCGCAAAGCUACCGUUGGCGGAGCAGUAACGCCAGAGUUCGCUGCCUUACUCGAGGGCAAGAUGACUAGCUCCGUGGUCUCGAGGUCGCUCUUGCGCAGUCGUCCAGAAGCUGUGGUUCCGCCAUCGCUGGGUUUCCGGUUGAUGUCCGAAGAGAAUCCUAUAAUCCAUCCAGCGAACCGGGCUCUUCAUGGACUGUACACCAUGGUUCCAGAGCCGUGA